ACAACACGAUAUUGUUGUUAAAAAAUAUCAUAGAUGAAGAAAAGGCUGUAAGAAUGUCUGCAGAGGAUGAUGUUAUAAAAUAUUACUUUCAUCAAAUAGCUAUUUGGAGAAUUGUGACAUGGACUAUAGUGACACUCUUGUAUAUCGUAAUAUAUUCAUAUAUUUUCUUUGGCAUAUAUGAUAAUAUCGAGAAGAACAAAUUCCACAAAAUAAUGAACGAGUCUUUGGAAAUACCUAAUAUAUAUCCAAUAUUGUUUCCUGCAAAGACCGAACACCUUACCUCCUUCUAUUACUUAAAUGUUUUCCUGGCAACUGUUGUUGCCCCAACAUAUACAAGCUCAUUCUUUAUAGUAACCACUUGCAUGAUAUUUGGUGCAAUCCAACUAAAAAUCUUUCAAAUCAGAAUUAAGAAGAUUCAUGAAACUGCUAAAAGUGCCCAGUACGAAAGUAAAGAAGCCCAGUACGAUGGUGAUGUAGCAUUGGUUUUGAAUGAAUUUAUUAGAAAACAUCAAGAAUUAAUAGAGUUUAUUACAAACUUGAAUAAGACUACAAAAUAUAUUACAUUUGUAGAGUUUUUAGUAAGUUCUCUUAAUUGUGCCUCAAUUGUAACUUCUCUUAUUAAGAUUAAGUCUUGGGAUGCUAAUUUACUUAUUAUAAUCACAUAUAUUUUGGCUUUGACAAUUCAAAUUUUUGCUUAUGCCUGGGCUGCCAAUGAAAUUAAAGUACAUAGUCUUGGUAUUGCCGAUGCACUGUUCGAAAGUGAUUGGUAUCACUUUAACAAGAAAUGCAGAAAGAUGGUCCUGAUAAUGCUAAUGAGAGCUCAAAAACCAUUGUAUAUGAGUAUUGGUCCAUUUGGAUCUAUGACAAAUGAAACUGCACUACUGAUGAUAAAGGCGUCCUAUUCGUAUGUUGCCUUUAUGAAAGAUUAGAAAAGGAACCCAACCUAAUAUUUAAUGAAACUACUGAAACUAGGUCCUUAACCUGGUUUAAAAUGUACUUAAGAGAAGCAUUGAAAAUAUUAUAAAUUAUUUUGAUUUUAUUAAUUUUUAAUGCACGCCACAUCACAUUUACUGUAUUUUAGUUACGA